CAGUAGAGGGCGCUGUAGACCAGCCCGAGCAGCUGACACUCAGGCGGAAGUUGCAUCCGUGUGCUUCUGCGUUCUGCGUUCAUUCAACAUAAAGGAAACAGCGCUUAGCCGGGCCUUUCGAGGAUUUACAGAAAGAAAACACGUAAAUGCGGACACCGAUAAAAGAUUGAGAUAGUCGGCAGAGGCUUCGAAGGGGGAAUUCUACAAAAUACUGAGGACCGGACAGAAAUUUAAAGAAGUUUUUUGCGUGAAACCUAUUUUCCUGUUUUUGAGUCGAAGACUGAAGAUCUUUAGCAUUGGGGUUGAGUCAUGUCUCGAAGACGAAGUCGCAGCACAUCACCACCUGUGGCCUACCACCCGUGCAACAGUAGCGAUCCAAGAGAUCUCGAGAGGCGCAUUUUUGUCGGGAAUUUGCCAACCUCUGAAAUGGACAAGAAGGAUUUAGAAGAGAUGUUCCGCCCAUAUGGAAAGGUUCUUGGCGUUUCCCUGUUGCGUGGGUUUGGAUUUGUACAAUUUGAUCGUGUUGAGGAUGCCGAAGCAGCAAAGGCAGGCCAUAAGGGUCGAAUAUUUAAAGGUUAUAAGAUAGAUGUAAAUAUGGCAGUGGAGCGACGAAACCAAAAAGCACAAGCACAGCAGAGCCCCCCACGAAGGCCUCCACCCAGUUCUUAUGGAGCGAGAGAGCCUCGCCCUCGGUCUCGUUCACCUAAUUACAGUCGAGAGGUACGUGAGCCACGGGACGGCCGCGAUGCUAGAGACAGCCGCUCUAGCCGGGACAGUUACCGUGGCUCUGAGAGCAGAGACAGGGAUGAGUAUGACAGGCACUAUCGGACCGGACCUGGUGAUGACUACUUUCGCAGAAAAGAAGAGGCUUUCAGGGACUUCAGAGAUCCUAGGAAUGGACGGCGUGAGCUAGAAGAUGAACACAUGCGACCAGAGGAACGGCGGCGCAAUGAACUGUACCGACAAUAUUAUGAAGAACUGCAGCGACGCCAGGACUCAGAGCGUCCAGUCGACUGCUCGGUCAUUGUGGUCAAUAAGGCACAGAAUCGGGAGUAUGCUGAGACAGUUGGGCGGAAGGUGCGUGAUCUGGGCAUGGUGGUGGACCUGAUCUUCCUGAACACAGAAGUGUCUCUCACUCAGGCUCUGGAGGAUGUUGAACGAUCACGCACUCCCUUUGCCAUUAUUAUUACUCAGCAGCACCAAGUCCAUCGCUCCUGCACAGUCAACAUCUUAUUUGGGACCCCUCAAGAGCAUCGUAACAUGCCUAUGCAGGAUGCUAUGAUGUUGAUAGCCCACAACUUUGGCACAUACAAAGUUGAAAGCCGUGAUAAGGAACGUGAAGAAAUAGCCCGAAAAGCUGCUAAAAUGGCAGAUGAUGUGCUGUUAAGGGAACCAGACAGAGAGAGUCACCCAGUGUCUGCUCUCACUCCUAUCACACUUCUCUAUGAAAACAGAUUUGUAACCCCAGAGGAACUAGAUAUUUUAAUUGCAUAUCUGAAAGACAAAAGGGCCCGACUUGUACGGCCUGCUGUAGAUGCCCUUCCAGCCUCACUGGGAGCUCCCCCUCCUUCUGCUGCAGGACAGCCCCCUCCAAGUCGCCCUUUGUCCUCUGCACCAGGUGCUCCGCCCACUUCAAGCAACCAACAGGAGCUCCAGGCUAAAAUCCUCAGCCUGUUUACCAACAGUGGAGCAGCAGCCUCUGCAAGUGCUCCCCCUGUAGGUGCAGUACCAUCACAGGGAUAUGGUGCUAUGGCCCCUUCUUCUCAUUCAGGCCCCUCUCAGGCCCCUCCUGGCCCACACUCUGCGAUGUCUCAUUCAGCUGUGGCCCAGAGCUAUGGACCUCCACAGGGCCGUUUGCCCCCACCUGGUCAUAGACCCCCCAAUCCUUCUGCACCCAUUAACUUUGACAGCCCCAGUGUGCAGAAAGCGCUGGAUACCCUCAUUCAGAGUGGACCAUCUCUUAACCAUCUGGUGGCUCCAGGAGCUCCACAACAUCCCCCACCCAGACCAGGCCUUGGCAUGGGACAGGCACCUCCCCCCAUGUCCAUGUACCCUCGACCUUACUGAACCCAUGCAAAUGUAUUUAGGAUUAGACUGUGCUGUGUUCAACUUCUCCCAUGAGACCGCACAGAUUUGCUCUGCAGUUUCUUCAGUAUUCUUCUGGAAUCUGUGUACUAUUAGUUGUGUUUGGCCAUCUAAAUAAAGUCUAUUUAGUGUUUUAUUUAGUUUUAAAAGUGCAUAAGCUGAAUCUUGCAAAGAUCAUCAAAGACUCUUGUCCAUAACAAGUUUAAGUGUAAGUGCUGCAUGACUUUUGUUUAAUAAUGGAUACUUACCAGCGUUUGUAGUUUAAUUGUUGGAUGUUUUUAAUUUUUGAACAUUGUUAAAAGAAACAAGACACGAUUAAAAAAAACAUAUACUCGACUGCUGUAUUAAAA